AUGGUGAAUGUCAUGCCCCUCACGGGUAAGAGUGAACGAGGUCCAAGUGACUCCAGUAUUGCUGUCUCCGCCGUCAUCGCAAUUACAGCCUAUCUGGCUAAGACCUCUCGAUCUUCUGCCUCGUCUCCCUCUUGUCUUAUGGUGGUUGAAUGCAAGGAAAAGAAAACUGGUAUGCGCCGGGCAUUGAAGGUGUUACAUGACAGCCCGAAAGCCAGGCGAGAGGUUGAUCUCCAUUGGACUGGAAGUGGGUGUAUGCAUAUCGUAGAAAUCGUUGAUGCAUACGAUAAUACGUAUGGUGGUAGGCGGUGCCUGCUAGUAGUCAUGGAGUGUAUGGAUGGAGGGGAGCUUUUCCAGAGAAUCCAGGAUAAUCGGGAAGGUGCAUUUACGGAGAGGCAAGCAGCUGAGAUUAUGCACUCCAUAUGCGUAGCAGUACGCUAUCUACACGACUCAAAUAUUGCACAUCGGGACAUCAAACCCGAGAACCUGCUCUACACAACCACAGAGCCCAACGCUAUACUGAAACUCACGGAUUUUGGCUUCGCAAAACAAACGCUGAAUCACACGGACACAUUACAAACACCUUGUUAUACACCAUACUAUGUUGCGCCGGAGGUCCUGGGUCCAGAGAAAUAUGACAAAUCUUGCGACAUCUGGUCGUUAGGUGUAGUGAUGUAUAUAUUACUGUGCGGGUUCCCACCUUUCUACUCGAAUCAUGGUCUUGCCAUAUCGCCAGGAAUGAAAAAGCGAAUUAGACUAGGACAGUAUGACUUCCCGGAGCCUGAAUGGUCGAACGUCUCUUCAGACGCUAAGAACCUUAUACGCGGAAUGCUGUCUGUGGAUCCGGCAAAGCGGCUUACAAUACAACAGGUGAUGGCCAGCCCUUGGAUCCGUCAGUACACCCAAGUGCCCCAAACCCCAUUGUACACGGACUCAAUACUGCGGGACACGAAUGAGGCAUGGGCCGAAGUGCAGGACGAGAUGACCAGGUCAUUGGCCACAAUGCGAGUCGAUUAUGACCAGGUGCAAAUAAAAUCCUUGGAGCAAAGCAAUAACUCACUACUUAACAAGCGGAGGAAUAAAGUCGGUGCCUAA